UUCGAGCGGCAGUUACAACUGCAUUUGAAAGUGCGGGAGAGGAGAGACCGGGCUCUGAAGGAGAUCGAGGAUGUCUUACAAAGAGAAUCUCAACCCCUCCAGUUACACCAGCAAGUUUGCCACUCCGUCCAGUGCUACGGCAGCCCAGAGGGUUCUGAGGAAGGAACCAUAUGUAUCCACAUUUACCACUCCAUCUGACAAUCUUCUGGCCCAGAGGGCUCAGCUCGCUCGCAUAACCCCCUCUGCAUCCUCCAGUGUUCCAGGUAGAGUGGCAGUAAGCAUGGAUGCGUCAUCCCAAAAUACUGCGCUGGCAGAGCUGCCCAAAAGGAAGUUCACCAUUGAUGAUUUUGACAUUGGCCGCCCAUUGGGGAAGGGGAAGUUCGGAAAUGUGUACCUGGCUAGGGACAAGCAGAAUAAGUUCAUUAUGGCUUUAAAGGUUCUGUUCAAGUCUCAGCUGGAAAAAGAGGGAGUGGAGCACCAACUGCGGCGUGAGAUAGAGAUCCAGUCUCACCUCAGGCACCCAAACAUCCUACGUAUGUACAACUACUUUCACGACCGCAAGCGAAUCUACCUCAUGCUGGAGUUUGCGCCUCGAGGCGAGCUGUAUAAGGAGCUGCAAAAACAUGGCCGCUUUGAUGAGCAGAGAAGCGCUACAUUUAUGGAAGAGCUGGCUGAUGCCCUGCAGUAUUGCCACGAAAGGAAGGUCAUCCACAGAGAUAUCAAGCCGGAGAACCUGCUGAUGGGAUACAAAGGGGAGCUGAAAAUUGCAGACUUUGGCUGGUCUGUUCAUGCCCCCUCACUCAGGAGACGGACAAUGUGUGGAACCUUGGAUUAUCUGCCCCCAGAGAUGAUCGAGGGAAAGACCCAUGAUGAGAAAGUGGAUCUGUGGUGUGCUGGGGUUCUCUGCUUUGAGUUCCUUGUAGGAAUGCCUCCGUUUGACAGUCCAUCCCACACAGAAACACACCGGAGGAUUGUUAAUGUUGACCUUAAGUUUCCACCAUUCCUGUCUGACGGAUCAAAGGACCUAAUCAGCAAACUCCUCCGUUACCACCCACCCCAGCGCCUCCCACUGAAAGGGGUUAUGGAACACCCUUGGGUGAAAGCCAACUCCCGCCGUGUCCUGCCUCCCGUCUUUCAGUCCAGCUCAAAAUAGACCUUUUAUUUUGGUCGCUGGCCAAAGAUUUGAAACUUUUACUGCACUUGAUAGUGAAUGUGGUUCCAAUUAGUGCAGACUUGUGAUCAGUGGUCAGUACUUGCCACUACCAUUAGCCAAAUACGUGGCUCAAUACAAGAGAUACCGCAAUGCAUCUCUAACAGUGGGCCGACUGUUCCUCUCUCUUUUCUGUACUACUGAAGUCUGGAACUUCCAUUUUUGUUCUAUUUGUGAAAUGGGCUACUCUCUUACUCUUCAAGGCACUGAGGGUCUGGAAGCUACUAAGCAAAGAAAUACACAGUGAAGAUCCAUUGUCGGCAGUUGGAUGCACUUAUAACACCUCUGUGCCAGUCAAGGCUACAUCUGAAUGGGGUUUGACAAGAUCCAGUGUGCCAAAGUCAUAUACAUACAGCUGACGGUAGCAAUGCCUUUCAAGCAUUUGGUUUUAGUGGAACUGCAGUCACUUGUGGGCAUUUUUAUAUCAAGGCUUUGUUUUCAGUGUGUUCACUAUAGAGGAACUUGUCUUCGGUUAGAAACCUCUUUUUCUAUGGUUUUAUAUUUAAAGUGUAUAUAUUUCCUUGUUGAAUUCCGGGUUUUGGUCUAUUACUUCCUUCCCAUUCCCAAAGGCUGUCCCAACAGGGCAGACGUGAGCUAUGACGCAAUUGGUGGAAAGUGCUGCCAGUUCAUGUUUGUGCAGGACCCAUGUUGUAAAAAGUCUUGUGGUGUUUUUUCCUAUUAAACCUGGAAUAGAGGGGUUUUGGGAAGAUCUGCACACUGUAUCUAUAUCUGGAGUGGGAAUGAAGUAUACUUGCUGUUUUCUAUGUAAAUAAAGUAUUAAACUAUUGUACUCUUGCA